AUGGAGGAGUCUCUCUGUCCGAGCGGUUGGGAAGUUCAUAAUCAACAUUGUUAUAGAUUCUCAACGGAUACAGUAAACUGGAACUCGGCAAAACAACAAUGUGAAUCCCAAACUUCACACCUCAUCAUCAUAAAUACAGAACAGGAACAGAAUUUCAUAAAGAAAUCUCUCGAGAACAAUCCUGGGCAUUACUGGAUCGGACUAACAGAUGGAGAGAGUGAAGGAAACUGGAAAUGGGUGGAUGGGACCCCAAUGAGUUUUACUCAAUGGUAUGAGGGUGAACCGAAUAAUUGGAAUGAUAAUGAAAACUGCACCAUUAUCAGAGCCAGCGGAUGGAAUGAUUACAGUUGUUCUGAUCGCUUCCGUUUCAUCUGUGAGAAAAGGGCACUGCCCUGCGUCGAGGCAGCUGAUAUUGAGAAAUAUUGUUCCUGAAGAGAGACUGGGACACAGAACGAGAGUGUCAGGAUUGUCCAAAGAUCCCCAGCCCCUCCUCCCUUCCCCACAAUCGCCAACUGCCCGAGGCCAUGUCUGAAAGCUGAAAGUUCGCUUGUUCCCCUUUUCUCCCAGGUGGAGCCUCCUGCAGCGCCACUACUGGUGGGAGGCAGGAAUGACAGCGUGACGGUUGACAUUGCAAAACCCCAUUCUAAAUCCAGGCAGGAAUCCGGCGACAUGUAACAGGACAGAAGUCCUGCAUUUCUCUAGCAACUUUAACUAAUUCAGAUGAUCCCCAACCUGCUUUUGCAGCCAAUGAAGCAACUCCUUACAGUGUUUUCAUAGUUGUCAUGUCAGAAACAAGGCUUUCAAUUUGCGUGCAGUAAGCUCUCACUGGACUCAGGAUUAAACUCGGUCACGUCGGAAAUACCCUUUGGACUUUUUCUUCUCGGAUUCUGUAAAUCAUGUGAACUCAUUUCAAUCUCCACGGUUCUUGU